ACACUGCAGUCCACCAAAGUCAUUGUGACUGAUGGUGUCACUGUUGGACAGCCCUGUUGUGCCAUACCAUGGUGCAAAAACCCAUUGAUCACCAACCACUGCAGGUACUGCCUCAAGCACCAAAAUCUCGAGAGUGUUUGCACUGUGGAGGGCUGCAAUCAGGGAGUUACCAGUGAUCCUAAGACCAGGAAG